GUAGGACCAACAACUUCAUGUAAAUGCUAACUAUGGCUGAAGGUAUGGCACAAGUUCAUCUUAGAAAUGUGAUAGAUCCGCCUUGUCCAAGACAUCCAGACACAGAAGCUACGUUUGUCUGCCGUCAGGACGGAUGUGAUGAAGCCGUGGUAUGCUCGCAGUGCAUUGUUGACGAAGGAUUUCACGCUGGACAUAAACUAACAAUGCUACAGGGUCACCUAAAGGUCUGUAAAGAGAAAGUUCUGGAAUGGAAUAAAAACACCGAAGAACACAUCCUUGGUCCUUUGAAGGAAAUGGCAAAACAAAUAGAAGCAGAAUUAUUAGGCUAUGACGGAGCAUGUAAAGAACUUAUGGAGAAAAUUGAGAAAAGAGGAGACCAACUUCAUUCCAAUGUAGAUACGUUGGUAAAGGAACUCAAGACUAAAUGUAGGCAAAUCAAAGCAUCGAAUCGUCAGAUACUAGAGCAGAAACAGCGUGACAUCCAGGCAAAAAUUGCAGAAGUUACGGAAGAUAUAGCCUCUCGUGAUGCCUGUAUCAAGGCCACAUGUAAAGCUGACAUCGUCCAAGCCGCAAAAACAGGGAUAUCAAAGACGUACUCCAGUAUCGAGCCGAUGGUUAUUGAGGAUGUUUCUUUUCAACAAAGUGAGACGCCGUUGAAAGACAUGAAACGGUUUCUGGGACGAGUAUGUAUUGGAGAUGAGCGAUCAACAAGGGAGGAGUCGGAUGAAGAAAAGGUCAAACGCCUAGAAAAUGAAAUUCAGAAUUUUACACAGAGGUGA